AUGUCAUUUUACCAUAGAGUAUGAUUUUACUAAAUGUCAACGAGAAAUAGUGACCUACCACCGGAUGCGAGCAAUUCGGCUAAUGCGUGCGCAAUAAUGGUGGUGUAUAGACUUGGAUAGUGAAAUAAAUUUCUAGACUUGAAUAUUUGAAUAGAAUUUAUAAUAGUGGCUGAUUGUGGUACUGUGACAGAUUCUCUUUCAAACAAUAAUGUGUCUCUUGUAAUCAUAUUAUAUUGUAUUCUUUGUAAACUGUUGACCCUGUCGUCGACAACUUGUGUUCUGCUACUCUACCUACUGUACUUCUUGCUGUAUGAAAUAUUAAUGUGCUCAAUGGUGAAUUUGUAGUGGUGUAUGCUAAGUAUACUUGAGAAGACACCUGUUAAAAACGUUGGAUUCCUAGUGAAUGUGCUCGCCACGUGAGAGUCACUGCGGGUCGUCCGCAUAGCCGCCUGCCUUACUAUAGUUGGUGCGACUGCGCAGCAGCAUACUGUGCCGGUAACGCGCACCCUGGAGCCCUACAAGGGCCCGCUGGUGCGGAGGGCGCGGCGGCAGCAUGGACGACACAGGCAGCAACAAGCAGAGGCAAGCGACACGGGUCUUCAAGAAGAGCUCUCCCAAUGGAAAGAUAACAGUAUAUUUAGGGAAAAGGGACUUCGUGGACCAUAUAACACAUGUAGACCCGAUUGACGGUGUGGUGUUGAUUGAUCCUGAGUAUGUCAAGGAGCGCAAGGUGUUCGGACACGUACUUGCCGCGUUCAGAUACGGCCGCGAGGACCUCGACGUGCUAGGACUAACGUUCAGAAAGGACCUGUAUCUAGCAGCGGAACAGAUAUACCCAUCGACGAACAGCGCGAAGCGGCCCCUCACCCGGCUACAGGAGCGUCUGGUCCGCAAACUGGGACCGGCCGCCCAUCCGUUCUACUUCGAGCUGCCGCCACACUGUCCCGCGUCCGUCACGUUGCAACCCGCGCCCGGCGACACCGGCAAACCGUGCGGAGUCGACUACGAGCUCAAAGCGUUCGUAGCAGACUCGCAAGAUGACAAACCGCACAAGAGAAAUUCAGUGCGACUGGCAAUUAGGAAGAUUAUGUACGCACCGAGUAAACAAGGCGAGCAACCGUCUGUCGAGGUAUCCAAAGAGUUCAUGAUGAGCCCCAACAAACUGUACCUAGAAGCGUCGCUAGACAAGGAGUUAUAUCACCAUGGGGAGAACAUAGCGGUGAAUGUGCAUAUAGCGAACAACUCGAAUCGGUCUGUGAAACGCAUCAAGGUGUCUGUGAGGCAGUUCGCAGAUAUCUGUCUCUUUUCCACCGCACAGUACAAGUGUACCGUCGCCGAAGCAGAGAGCGAAGAGGGUUGCCCGGUGGGGCCGGGCUUCACGCUGAGCAAGGUGUUCACGCUGACGCCGCUGCUCGCCAACAACAAGGACAAGUGGGGGCUCGCGCUCGACGGCCAGCUCAAGCACGAGGACACCAACCUCGCCUCCAGCACGCUGAUCGCAGACCCUUCGCAACGUGAGAACCUAGGUAUCAUAGUCCAAUACAAAGUCAAAGUGAAACUCUGUCUAGGACCACUAGGCGGUGACCUGAGCGCGGAGUUGCCCUUCAUCCUGAUGCACCCGAAGCCUGAGGAGGAGCCGCGCGCGCCCCCCGCGCCCGCGCCCCCCACCGACCACGACCUCAUACAGCUCGACCCGCACCCGGACGAGAACGGACAAGAACAAGAUGACGACAUCAUAUUCGAAGACUUCGCGCGGUUGCGGCUAAAGGGCGCUGAGUCAGACGCUUGAACACUACUCCCACCCAACACAAACUAUACGAUAAUAUAAUAAUAAAUAACACACAAGACUUCGCUUCGAGCGCUAACGCAUAUCGCGGACUGUUGUAGAAUAAACAAACCGAGCAACCGAUACCAAUAGUCUUUUUGUUCUCUACAAAAGUGAUAAUCAAGUAUACAUUUCUUCGGACAAGAGAUAUUCCUCGUAAUGUCAUAUAAAUAAUUGUCAUGGUAAGUGAACAGUGAGACUUUAAAUUUCACUUCAGCUGAGGCACAUCGACGUUUGUAACUAUUGAUGGAAUGCAAACUAGUGCUAAUACUAUCAUGAUGACGAUGAUGAUAAUUAAAAAGAUGAUGAAUAUUUCGUUGGAUUUCUAUAAAAAUAUGACUCAUGUUAAUACAACU